GAAACAGGAUAUGGAAGUUGGAGGAACGGAAGCAGCUGCAUCACGAGCGUUGCAGCGCCAUUUCACUUUUCAUUCAUUGGUAUCGAGGCCUACGUUGCCUAAUUGGAUACACAGAACUUCAUCAUGGUGAAAAUAUUUAUUGGCAACCUUGCCUGCAAUACGUCACCUGAGGAGCUGCGGGAACUCUUCGAGAAGUAUGGAAAAGUCUCAGAAUGUGACAUUGUCAAAAACUAUGGGUUUGUACAUAUGAACAACAUGUCUGAAGCAGAGGAGGCCAUCCGAAACCUCCACCAGCACCAGCUGAAUGGCUGGCGCAUGAAUGUGGAGAUGAGCAAAGGGAGGCCCAAGUCCACCACCAAACUGCACGUCAGCAACCUUGGUGAAGGAGUCACCGCUGAUGUUCUACGUGCUAAGUUUGAAGAGUUUGGCACAGUGGUGGAGUGUGACAUAGUGAAGGACUACGCCUUCAUUCACAUGGAGCGAGUGGAGGAUGCUAUGGAUGCCAUUGAUAAGCUGGACAACGUGGCCUACAAAGGCAAGCUGAUGAGCGUACAGCUGUCCACCAGUCGGCUUCGCACUGCCCCGGGAAUGGGAGAUCAUACCGGCUGCUAUGUCUGCGGGAAACAUGGUCACUGGUCGAAAGAUUGUCCUGUCGGUCGGAACGGUAGCCACGGUGACGGUGAAAGAGGUCGCAGCGGCCGGGGCCCCCCACGCGGUCCCCCGGGUUACGGCAGGGGCAGCUACGGGAUGGCCUCACCUCCAGAAGCUGAUUACAUGGGUGGCUCUGCGUAUAGUCGGGCUAGUUAUGGCCUGCCGCCUCCCCCUCGCAGGCCUAGUGGUUAUGGCUAUGAGCUGGGGGAUCGGUACGCCGGUAGAGCACCAGGCUCCUAUGCUGAGAGGUCAUCAGCUUAUGAUCGUGACCGUCUCUAUAGCAGUGUUGACCUUUAUGAGAAAUACAGACCUCGCUCUUAUGGCUCAAGCUAUUUCGAGGAGCGUCGCAUGUCCUAUCUCCCCCCUCCCCCACCUCCCCCUUCCUCCCUCUCAAAGCUUUCCUCCAGUGUAGAUCCAUAUGACCGUCGGCCUCCAGCUUCAUCGGCCGCCGCAGCUGCCGCAUACUAUGCACGAGACCGCAGCCCGAUCAGACGAGUACCAGUCUCCUCAGCAGGCUACGCCUAUGAGCGAACACGGCUGUCACCGGUGUCAGGCUCCAGGAGUUCCUAUGCUGUCGCACGACCCAAGGAUCAUUAUGCGCCGCGCUAUGCGCCUUACUAAAGCCAUGGUGCCAAGGUCUGUUUGUCAACUGCAGGACUUUUCCCUUUUCCAUCGGUCUGCGUGAUGUGUGGCGAAGCAAAGCAUAUGAGAUGCGGAAAUUAAGAUCGGAAAUUGUGCCGGCAUCUUCCAGGCACCUGAGAUGCCAGUUGCCUGCGGAUGAAUCGUCCUUUUGCUUGCAUUCACAUAACCUGUUUUCAAUAAGGAUGAUUAGCAAACUGCACUGUUUGACAUGUAUGAUGUAUACAACAAGAAUUUGCUCACUUACUCUGCAGGUUUUCAGCUCAGUUUUUAGCCAUGUCUUUUUUUUCUUACCUGUGUUUCUUCCUCACAUGGAGCACAUUGUUAAAUUCAGCAAAUGUUAAUUGUUUGGCUUCUAUUUGUCAUUUAGAAUAAGUGUUGCUGUUUCUUCAGUAUAUGAAAAUGUACCUUUCUUUUCAAUGGAAUGAGGGUUAACCCAUGCUGUUGCUUGUAGUACAGAAGAAUCUUAUCUUAGCCACACGUCUGACAUGAACUUAGUCAGUUAUAUGGAUGUGGAUAAAGAUAAAUAUUUUUUUCAAAAAUGAUCAUCAUUGGUGUCUAUCAAUGUGCUGUGAAGGUCCGUGACGCUUCAGGUAUGUUUUGUUUUAGCUAAGAACAGUAGUUAAUACAGACGUUGCUUCCUUUAUGCUUGUAUGGGUGAAACACUCAGUAAGGUGGUGGGAAAGAAAACCUGCACUCUUUGCCCUCUGUAGCACAUGAAUGGACUCAAUGAUUCACACUGCAGAAAACAAUACAGGACUUAAUCCAUAUUAGGGCUGGGUGAUAUGGAGAAAAUCAAAUAUGAUUUUUUUGGAUACCAUAUAACUGUCUUUUAUCUAAAUUGACAUUUUGCAUCAGUUUUUCUGUGCUGCUCUAGAAUAGUAGUUGCCAUUGACUGCACAGCACAACUUGCUGUGUGUGCUACUGUCUUAGAGCAGCAAAGGAGAACUGAAAUAUGGGAGAACAUUCAUUUUAUCCACAUAUAAAACUACUUUUAAGUUUAACAAAUUAUGUAGUGUCGGUUCAGUUUGUACACUUGCAUACUCACCGAUAACUGAUCCAGCAUUUUAGGCAACAUUGAAGGCAUUUCCGAUAACAGUAUAGGAACAACUGUCAAUGUAAUUUCGAUAUAUUACCCAGCCCUAAUCCAUAUCCAUGCAACUGACCUGGCUGACACAGAAUCACACUUUUGCUAGCAUCUAUAGUAAGAUAAAUAAUCUCAAACAUUCCAGCCUCAUUUUUUCUAAAUUGAUGUGUGUCUACAAAAUGUAGAAUUGAUACAUUUUUAACAUUGAAUGAGGUGUCUGCUGGUCAUUUUACUUUUGAAUUAAAGUGGAAACAGACAUUU